AGCCUUUCACAUUCAAAAAUGAGGAAAAAGUGCCACAGACAGAAAGUUGAACCAGCCAAUGAAGAGAAUGACUUUGACCUUUCACAUUAAAAAAUAAAGAAAAAGUUCAGCAAAGUUAACUUUAACAUAUCAACAAGUGAACCAGCCAAUGAAGAGAUUGACCUUGGCCUUUCACAUUCAAAAAUAAGGAAAAAGUUCAGCAAAGUUAACUUUAACACAACAACAAGCAAACCAGCUACUGAAGAGAUAUCCUUUGACUUUGGCCUUUCAUAUUAAAAAACAAAUGAAAAAUUCAGCAGAAAGUUAACUUAACCAGAAGUAUCAGAUGGUGCCCAUCUUGACUUAUCAUCUUUUUUAUUUAAGAACUUUGAAUGUUGACUGUGAAAUGUUGUCAACAAAAGAAAUACAGAACCUAUUCCCUCUGGAAAUGAAGUUGGAUGACGUGCUGGGAGGCCUUUGGAUUCCUAGUGAAGGUGUAGCAACGUCCAGUGAUGUUUGUCAGUCAUUGGCUAAAGGAGCGACCUUAAAUGGGGUCAAAAUUUUUGAAAAAGUUGCAAUAGAGUCCAUUAUUACAGAUGGGAAAUCUAUCACUGGUGUGAAAACAAGUAAUGGAACUGUUAAGUGCGAGAUACUGGUCAACUGUGCUGGUCAGUGGGCAUGGGAGUUAGGACAGGUAAGAGACCCCAAGAUUUCUGAAUCAGGAUAUUACCUUGGCCUAUCCCUCUCAAGAUCUACAUAUCAAUUCUAUACAUUUUCUGGCGAGUUACUGGGUAACAUGCUUCACCGUUUCCCGUUCAUGGAGAAGGCCGAGAUUCGUCAAAUGAUCAAUGGUCCCGAGAGCUUCACUCCGGACGGACGAUAUUUGUUGGGAGAGGUACCUGAGGUAAGCAAUUUCUAUGUGGCUGCUGGCUUUAAUUCCAGUGGUAUCGCUGGCGCGGGAGGAGCUGGGAUGGCCUUGGCCGGCUGGAUUACAGAGGGAGAACCUAUAAUGGAUCUUUCAGGUGUAGACAUACGUCGUUUUGCACCUCACCACAAUAACAAGCGCUUCUUAAGAGAGUGCGUGAAAGAGACCCUCAGUUGGCACUACUUGCUACGGUACCCGUAUUCAGAGAGAAAGGCUGCGCGCGGGCUCAGAUGUUCGCCGUUGUUCCCAGAACUAAAUGCCGCUGGUGCAACGUGGAGCGAGAAGAUGGGUUGGGAGGUUCCCAAGUGGUUUGCACUUCCGGGUGAAGACCACCCCAUUGAGAAUGGGUUUGGCAAACCCGGCUGGCUCGGCUGUACAGAAGUAGAGUACAAAUCUUGUACUGAUGGGGUAGCAGUGGUGGACCUGACCGCUCUUGGUCUGUUUGAAAUCGAGUCCAGGACAGAUGGCGAGGUGGAGCAUUUCCUUCAAUAUUUGUGUGCUAAUGAUGUGGCCAUACCAGUUGGUUGCUCUGCACGCACUCUGAUCCUGAACAAACGUGGGGGAAUAGAACUGAACUGCACUGUAAUACGAGAAGCGCAAAAUAGGUCAAAUGACAAGUGCGUAGUUGACCACGACCUAAAUGGGAUCUCUCGUUUUGGAGUAUUGGACACUGCAGGUGAAGAGAGAUACUCAGGCCUUUCCUCAUUUUACUGUCGGGGCGCUUCAGCAGCCAUUCUGGCUUAUGACAUCUCACAAAGCAGAUCUCUUCGCGCGUUAAGAGAGCGUUAUCUACAAUUGCUUGACGCGUCCGAACCAAACUGUCUAGUGGUAGUAGUAGGCACCAAGAAAGAUCUUGUGACGGGCAGUUUUCGGGAAAUUGCAUCCUGUGCUGGCGAGUCAUUAGCCUUGGAACUAAAUGAAAAGAAAGGAAGGGCCAGUGGCAGCUUCAACGAGAAACCAUUCUUUGAAACGAGUGCAAAAUCUGGCGAAAACGUUCAGAAAGUUUUUGAUUUUAUAUUGAACACGUGCUUACCUUUGGACAAUGAAGACACUGCAAAGAGUUCCAAUAAUGACGAAAAAGAUACAAGCAAUGGAACAAGGGCAUGCGAGGAAGCAGAAAAGCGAACCAAUUGGAAAAACAACAACGAUCUCCAUUACUAUUAUCUAACUACUUGCGAAACAGUUGUAAUUUGCAAGCCUCCUCGAUUACCUGACAACCUCGAAACCAACGCUGAAGAGGAAAGUGAGACCAGUGAGACCAGUGAGACAUCAAGCGAAGGAGAAAAUGAAAAAAGGCCGGCUAUCAGUCUUAAACGUGAAGUGAAAAACGAAAAGGAAGGACUGCAGUGGCUAGACGAGAUUAAAUUUUACUUUGGCGAUCAGAAAAACGACUGGAAGCUGUUGGUUCCUGUUGAGUUUGCUGUUUCUUUGUACCGUGAAAUGAUGGAAGCCGGAAGAGAUCUGGGUGUAAGGAACGCGGGUCAGUCAGUGCUUGAUGGCUUACGAAUUGAAAGAUUGAUUCCUCAGAUGGGAAAAGAGAUGACGUCAUUCGUAACUCCAAGGGAGGCUGGGGUGAUGGACAGAGUGCAACUGAAUAAGAAAUGCAAUUUCCUUGGAAAACAAGCCCUUUUAGCUGAUGAUCAACAACCUGCAAAGAAGCAUCUUGUGCAAAUUGCCCUUCAAGAACACGACGACGACAAUUACCCGUGGGGAGGGGAGCCGAUUCUUAGAAAUGGCUCCAUGAUCGGGUCCACGACAAGUACCUGUCACAGCUUUAAACUGGAUCUUCCAGUGUGUUUAGGAUACCUAGAAGGAGAGGAACUGGAUGCUAUAGUAGACGACGGACGCUUUGAGAUUGACGUCGCCGGUACUUCAUAUCCUGUUUCUGUGCACAAUAUCAACAAAGAUUUGGAAGACGAUUUGUGGAGACCUCCUAGUUCUUGUUGAUCAAUUUGCACCAUACAAAAGUCUAAAUGGAAAGAUAAAAUCCAUGUGAGUAUCUGAGCAAAUGUGCAC